AUGCGAGAUCUAUCUCAUCAGCAGAUAGUAGAAGCUACACGACGAAAAGUUCCUAUGAAUAUAUCACUUCAAAAACGAAUUAUCAUUAAUAUAAGUGGAGUUCGUUUUGAGACAUUCAAAUCUACUCUUGAAGUCUAUCCAAAUACGUUGUUAGGUAAUGCAAAACGACGUAAAUAUUAUUAUGAUAAUGUUCUUCAUGAAUAUUUCUUUAAUCGUCAUCGAGGAUGUUUUGAAGCUAUUCUCUAUUAUUAUCAAUCAAAUGGUCGAUUACGUCGACCGAAUUCAGUACCACUUGAUACAUUUCUUGAAGAAAUCACAUUUUUUGAUUUGAGUCAAGAUGCUCUUGCUGAAGUACUCAAAGAUGAAAAUUUGAAAGAAGUUGAAAAAACUCAAUUACCUCGAAAUCGUUGUCGUCGGUAUAUUUGGGCCACCAUAGAAUAUCCAGAAUUUUCAUUCAUCGCCAAGUUGUUUAAUAUUCUUUCAUUAAUUAUUAUUCUUGUCUCUACGAUUACUUUGGCAAUCGAAUCAUUGCCACAAUAUUCACAUUUAUCGGAAGAUGCAUGUACAAAAGAAUAUAUGCAGCAUAAAAUUGGAACGAACAAUGACUCGAUGAUUCUUAGCAGCGUUCAAUCGAGCGAACACAUUUGUCUUUCCUAUUUUUCAUCACCAUUUCAUCGAAUUCAGAUAAUUUGUAUUGCAUUUUUUACUCUUGAACUGAUUCUACGUCUACUCAGCACACCAUCAUUGUCUAAACACUUCAAGAGUUUUAUGAAUUGGAUUGAUAUAAUUGCUGUCGUUCCNCCUACGAAAGUCUGUAAAAAUUUGACCUUUUUUUAA